UUCUUCCUGGGCUGACCCACUGCCAUAGGCGUAGGUUAGGAAUCAAGAGACUGACCUGGAUAUUUUUAACCAGCUUUUAAAGGAGUGACAUGCAAAGUGACCACAAUGGAGCUUGGAAAUGUCCUUCCUACUGAACCUACUGAGUCGUCUUUCAAUAGGAGUUAGGUCCUGACUGGGCUCUGUGAUCCGUAUAAGAGAGCAUUCCGAUAAAUAUGAGUGGUCUCCCAGCCCUCUAGCAGUAAGGGCUUUGACCAACAGCGCUAGAUGUUCAAGACACCUAGAAGUGGAAGGAAACGAGAUGCUGUUGAGCUUCUUUCUGUCUCUGGUCAUAUCUAAAUGUUGUAGGAAGCUGCAGUCAGUGGAAUUGCAGCAGCGUACAUAGAGUUGUUGUUGCGAGAUUGCCUGUCCUGACAGAUUUAAAAUAAGGUCUGUAUGUUUCAGGCGCUGCUGUGCCAGAUUCGUUUGCCUUUGUUUCCCUAAGCCUUUGGGCUGGUGCAUUGAAUAGCUGCAGAGGCGUUUUUUCGGGAUGCGCUGGCUUCGGGGGGGCAUGGAUGUACAAAAGGCAGCAUUCCUCCCCCUCCUUGCCCAGUGGGCCAGAGUGUGGCUAAAAGAAGGAUCUCUCUCUUAAACUGCAGACAUUGCUUUAAGGAUUUGGAAUUGAAUUCGUGGCGCUGGCAGAUUUUUGUCAGAAAUUUGGGCGCAUUCUCUAUUAUUUCAUGUCUGAAAUCACUCAGCUUGGGGAUGUGUGUGGGGAAGGCAGAAAUGCUUUUUUUCCCUGUAUGUCAGCCACCAUGAGGAGCAAUAUAGCUCAGCUGAGGAUGUGCUGUGAAAAUGCACAGCAUCUUUGCUGCACCGAUGUUUCCGUUGUGAGCUUUUGAAGCAGAGCAUCUAAGCAGAAGUUGUUCUUUGCAAGCCUUCAGAUCUGCCCCAAGCAUGUAUUCACCAUUUCCUAGCUGCGUCCUUCAUUGCACGGGAACAUUCUCUAUUAAUACUGAACCUCUUCCUUGCAAACAGGGAUGGACCUUUUUAGAGAUGACUAGGAUGCCUUCUUGUUUAACGUGCUUAAGAGGAAGAACGCAGCCAAAAUGCUUCCCCCAUCCCCCAAGACCUGGCCGGGGGUGGGGUGUUUUGAGUGUGUUUGGCAGAAUUUUGGUGUUCUGACUCAGCAAAUGGUAACAAAGAGAGGACGGCGAAGCCUUCCUUUAUUCCAUAAUCCUGUUUGCUUUUCUAGAAACCGGCUAUAGCCUCAGAAUCACUGACUCAAUUUUUGGAUCCUAUUCUCAUGACAAAGCGGCUGUCUGGUUUAAAAUGAGCCCGUUAUAAAAAGGGUGCCUUGGAUCCUGGCUAUUUGUAACAGCUCCUGACAGUCCUCCAGCAGUGGGGAGUUUGGCUUGAACGGAAAAUGUCCAGAGCUGGACCCAAGGUCACCUUCUACGAAGACAAGAAUUUCCUAGGCCGUUGCUAUGAAUGUGACAGUGACUGCCCCGAUUUUCACACCUACCUGAGCCGCUGCAACUCCAUCCGGGUGGAAGGGGGCACCUGGGUAGCUUACGAGAGGCCUAACUUCGCUGGGAACAUGUACGUUCUGACGCACGGGGAGUAUCCUGACUACCACCACUGGAUGGGCCUUAACGACCGUCUUGGCUCGUGCAAAACCAUCCAGAUACCAAGCGGAGGCCGGGGCCACAUUCAGGUAUUUGAGAAGGGAGAUUUUGGCGGGCAGAUGUUUUAAGCCACUGAAGACUGCCCUUCCGUCAUGGAGGAUUGGCACAUCCGUGAAAUCCAUGCCUGCCGGGUGCUGGAGGGCGUCUGGGUUUUCUACGAGCACCCCAACUACCGGGGCAGGCAGUACCUGCUGCCCAAGGGCGAGUACCGCAAACCCGUUGACUGGGGCGCCGUCACCGCUGCCGUCCAGUCUUUCCGCAACAUUGCCGAGUGA